AUGUCUUCUGCGGAUACCGCUCAACAACCUGCUGCCUCUGAUGCUGCUCAGGGUAACCAGCCACAAAUCAUCGUACUCAUUGAUAAGUACCAAACUCUCUCCCGUCUCUAUGACUACUCCCUCGUCAACAAGUCUGUCAGUGCCUCGUUGAACUGGUACAACUAUGCCAAGGGUUUCACCCUGUUGAAGAAACCAAUGGAGUUGUCCGAAUCAACUAUUGGAUUGGUUGCUCAACCAAUUUACAAUGCUUGUGAGCCAAUGUUGAAACAGGUGGACAAAUUCAGCGUUGACAAGUUGGACAAGAUCGAGACCAAUGUUAACAAGGCAACUGAGUAUGUUAACAAUGCAGUCACUGCUCCAGUCAGAGACUAUGCUAUUGGCAAGAUCUCCACUGUCGAUGCCUCCAUCGACAACGUCUUGGAGUUUGGCCACGGCAAGAUCCAGGGCACCAAGAUUGCCGAGCUGGUCAACAGAUCAGAGGCCUUGGCCGAGUCCAUCGUGGACACUGUGCUCCCCGCCCAGAACAACGACACUCCACAAGAGUCUGACAUGUUCAACGUCGAGAGAAGAUUCCCAGUUCUCUACAAGCUCCGCAACAGAGUCAACUACGAGUCCGUCAAGCACAUCCCAGCCAACUCCUACCAGGGAGUCGCCCAAACCGCCGCCGUCAAGCAGAUCGCCUCCACCGUCGAGAGCCUCGAGCAGACCUUCAAGGAGCUCAAGGGUAUGUCCGUCCAGGAGAUCAAGGAUGACGUCUUCUCCAAGAAGACAAUCGACAAGAUCUUCAACUACCUCGAUGCCACCGUCGAGGCUGUCGGCAGCCUCUCCGUUUGGAUCAAGCAAUUCAGCCCAGACAUUGACUUUGCCACCCGCACCAAAGAACUUACCGCCUACGUCACCGAAUCCAGAAACCGCAUCCUCCAAAUUGUCGACCAGAAUGAGAAGCUUAGAAAAUUCAAAGAAGAGAGCACCAGAAUACUUGAAAAGACCGGAACCAUUUUGAAAGACCAGAUCGAAGCCACCUCCAACAAGCUAAAGAACUCUGACUAUGCCAUUGUUAAACAGACCGUCACCUACAUUGAAAGCACCAUCCAGACCAUCCGCGAGAAAGGACUUCUUCGCUUCAACGAAGUGAUUGAGUAUCUUGAGCAAAAGUACAACUCAUCAUCUCCAGCUGCCUCCUCCUCAUCUUCAUCCUCCUCUUCCACUGCUCCAGCUACCUCAUCGACCCCAACUGAGGAGCCAGAGGAGGAGCAAUAA